AUGGAGAAGCUUUCACUGACGACGCAGAGCAAUUUCUUGGUCACAAGAAUGUUGGACAUCUGCGACCAAAAUGGAGAAACCGAUUACGCAACGAUUCUCUUCCACCAAGUCUGUGAGCCCAACGUUUUUCUCUACAACGCCAUGAUUAGAGCCUACACGCACAACCGCAUGUAUGUACAGGCCGUCGACGUGUACAAGAAGAUGCUAAGCCACCAUUUGCAAGCUGAAGAGCAGAUUUUUCCCGACAGAUUCACUUACCCGUUCGUGAUUAGGUCCUGCGGAGGUCUUAUGAGUGUUUGGUCCGGAAAGCAGAUUCAGGGGCACGUUUGCAAAUUCGGGUUGACGCGCAAUAGCCUGAUAGAGAGCUCUUUGUUGGACAUGUACGUGAAAUGUGACCAAAUCAGCGACGCCCACAAGCUGUUUGAUGAAAUGUUUGAAAGAGAUGUGAUUUCUUGGAACAGCCUCAUUUCUGGGUAUGCGAAGUUGGGUCGGAUCAGAAAAGCCCAAUCGUUAUUCAAGAAAAUGCCUAAUAAGACGAUCGUGUCGUGGACCACCAUGAUUUCUGGGUACACCAAGGCCGGGCUUUUUAACGAGGCCAUGAACGUGUUCAGAAGAAUGCAAGCGAACGGGCUGCAGCCCGACUGGAUCAGUUUGGUCGCGGUUCUGCCGGCGUGCGCCCAAUCGGGCUCUUUGGAGCUCGGGAAAUGGAUCCAUUCCUACGCGGGCCAAAAAGGUCACUUGAAAAAGACUUGCGUGUCUAAUGCUCUAAUCGAGAUGUACACAAAGUGCGGCUGCGUGGGUCCCGCACUACAAAUUUUCAGUGAUAUGGCUGAGCGGGACGUCGUCUCGUGGAGCACCAUGAUUACCGGGCUGGCCCACCACGGGAGGGCCCGUGAGGCGAUUCGACUGUUUGGUGACAUGGGUCGGGCCGGCAUAGGCCCAAACGAGGUUACGUUUGUGGGCCUCUUGUCAGCAUGUGCCCAUGCGGGUCUAUUGGAGGAGGGGUUAAGGUAUUUUGAGUCCAUGGGCAGCGUUUACAACAUAGAGCCAGGGAUUGAGCAUUACGGGUGCAUGGUCGACCUUAUGGGUCGUACGGGCCAUAUAGAUCGGGCUUUGAAGCUCAUAAGGAGCAUGAAAGUUGAGCCAGACUCGGCCAUAUGGGGUUCGUUGUUGAGCUCGUGCAGGACUUAUCGUGAUGUCGAGACUGCGGUUGUUGCAAUGGAGAAGUUGUUGGUGCUUGAGCCGGAGGAUACGGGGAAUCUUGUGUUGCUCGCGAAUAUAUAUGCAGAUAUCGGGAAGUGGGAAGAGGUUUCGAGGAUAAGAAGGUUUGUUAGGAGUCGAAGCAUGAAGAAAACGCCCGGGUGCAGCUCGAUCGAGAUCGAUGGCGUGAUUCGAGGAUUUGUGUCGGGAGAUGAUUCGAAGACGUUUAGUGAGGAUAUUUUUGGUGUUUUGGAGGUAUUGGCAUUGCAUCAGAUAGAAAUAGAUGACUGGAUUGAGGCUGGAUUCGAGGUUCUGUAA